CCUUUGCACAUACCGGAAGUAGUACCGUCAAAAUGAGAGUACUUGUACCAGGUCCUGUGUGCUGAUCAGCAGUAUUUCUGUCAACACUCAUUUCCACUCAAGUUUAAUAGUUUAUGUAAGCGCAUCGUCGCGUAACUCGGUCUAGAUCAUGGCCCAAUACGAAGAAGUGACCGUGCACGGGUAUGAGGAGUUUUGUAAGGCUGUGUCUGAGAGAGCAGGGAAGGAGAUUUUUGCUUAUUUCUCUGGAAACAAAGACGCUCAAGGAAAGAGCUGGUGUCCAGACUGUGUUAAAGGUAAAACAUUUUCUUCAUUUUAAUUACCUUCUGAUGCAUUUCCUUCCAUUUUAAAUAGAUUUGUGGAAGACUUAGCUCAAAUCUGUGCUUGUCCUGUACACAAUAUUGCUGAAUUAGUGAGAUAAGUUCACAAUUUGGCAUUUUAGGGUCUUACUUAUUGAACAUUUGGUGCUCUUUUAGUAUUUUUGCACACCCUCUCCGUGUUUAUCUUUUGCAGCAGAGCCAAUUGUAAGAGGAGAGAUGUCUCAUCUUCCAGAAGGUUCUGUUUUCAUCUACUGCCAAGUUGGAGAAAGAGCCUUGUGAGUAUUUUGAUUCCUCUAUUUCAUUAUUUAAGCAUGUAAGAAGUCCUGGUUUGGAAAUAAUUUCUGAAAAUAGGAGAGCAUAGUAUUCACAACAUUGGACCUACAAGUCAUGAACCUAUAAUUCGAGUAUUUUAACCUCACUUUUUAAAAACACCAUCAAUCCUAGAUCAAGACAGCCUGACACACUGUGUGUAAAAUUGAAGUUUAACACGAUAGUUAGCUGUAGUGAAGAGUAUUGAGCUUUUGAAAUAGCAGUUUCGUAAUCCCAGAUACUUAAACACUUGUGCUUUCAACUCGUGCAAUGCACACUUUUAACAGUUAGACCACCUGCAUGAAAACAGACAAUCUAAUAAGACUACGAUGCACUUAAACAUACACGAUAAACUUCUUGUUGUGUAGGACAGGCAUGAUUGUUUGAACAUCUUUCUUUCUGUUUUGUGAAAAUUUAUUUGCAAUUGAAGUAGAUUCAUAAAUUACACUAGAAAUUAACAACUGUAAUUUUCUAUUUUUCAUGUUUCAGUUGGAAGGAUCCAAGUAAUGACUUCAAGAAGACCCUGAAGUUGAGUGGAGUUCCCACUCUGCUGCGCUAUGGAACUGUAAGAACGACCUACGUUUGCUUAAAUUAAAUGAUGAGAGAAAACCUUUACAGAAACAGACAGUUCCUUAGCAAAUGUUGCUCUUCUAACCUAUUCGAUUGUUCUUAUUUUUGUUUAAUUCACCACUUGGUGUCUGUUUUUUCAGCCUCAGAAGCUGGUGGAGGAGGAGUGCUUCAAAUCUGAUCUGGUGAAGAUGAUGUUUACAGAGGACUGAGGGUCCUCUACCAUCCACAGCGAUCUCAAGCAUCAAGACACCUUCACCCAAAAAUAUAAACACCACUCACUUUCAACACUAUCCAUAAUCUAACAUCCAGUAUAUGUCCAUCAAUGUAAUUCUUCUCAGAUCAGCAAGCGUCUAAGUUUACAUAUGAACUAACAAUCCACGUUUGUAAGACACAGACGUUAAAUGAACACAUGCUGAAAAUCUGCAGACAAUCACAUAGAAAAAUAAUGUGAUUCAUGCUAAUUGUUCUUGUAUUGAUUUAUGUGCAAUGACUCCGUCAUCUGAUAUAACUGAAGUUUGAUACAUUUCACCCAGGAAGUGUCUUUGGAUCUCUCAUAUUGUGAUUAUGUUUUUGUUUUUGUUGCCUUACAGAAGGAUUGAAAUAAACGGAUACUUGAUGAUUUUUUUUGCCAGAAGAAAAUCUCCAACA